AUCCCGGCCUGCCGUACCAAGCGCGCAACGCCAGCAAGCGCCGCUGGGCGCCGGCUCUUGGGCGCUUGUGCUGGACGUGUCCCCGGGCGGAGGCGGGCGCUGCUGCUGCUGCUGCGUGGCGUGCAUGGAGCAGAGGCUGGCCGAGUUCCGGGCUGCCCGCCGCGGCACCCGCCACACCGCUCCCUCGGCAAAGCCCCCAGGAAAGGCGGCGGAGGUGGAGGCGGAGGCGGCGAAGGAGCAGGCCCAAGCCCGGCCCCCGCUGCCGAGUGAGGAAUCCAGUCAAAGACCAGAAAGGCUCCAAACUGAAGCUGUUACAUGCCCUGCACCAUGGUGGACCAAUUGCUUUCUUCUGAAUGUCACCUUUCUCAAGUUUCUCAUCUGGCUCGUCUUACUGGGACUGUUUGCGGAACUAGAGUUUGGUUUGCCUUAUUUUGUCCUGUCUAUGUUUUACUGGAUCUAUGUAGGAACCCGCGGCCCUGGAGAAAGACAGACAGGAGAAAGAAGUGCCUAUUCUGUCUUUAACCCAGGAUGUGAAGCCAUUGAUGGAACACUUACAGCAGAACAGUUUGAGAGAGAACUACAGUAUCGGCCCUUAGCCCAGAGGUAACUAGUGCCUAUAUCAGUAUCACUAGGUCUUUCCCCUCCGCUUGAGCAAAAUGGGAACUGUUUCCUGUGAGAUUUUUCACCUUUAGAAAUGUUUACAGCAUUGUAAUUGAAGAGUUGAGCUGCAGCUACUGUUUCUUAUACAAUAAACAACUAAAGACAGGAUAUUAAACAUACAUAUUCAGACU